UCUAAAACAUGCAGUCUCUGUUUCCAUGUUGAUAUGCAAAUUGUUGAUACUCAUGGAUUCAAAGGUACCGGCGUUCUUCAUUGCAAGCAAUGUCUAAAGCUAUGGCAGAGAGACGUUAACGCCGCUAUCAACAUGAUGACUAUAUUUCAAGCAGUUUGGUCCGGAGCUGGAAGAACCGACGUUUUCAAGCCAGCAAAGAACAAAAAAAGUAUCACCGUACUAACACGGCUUUCCUUACAUUUUCAAGGAUUUAGAUCAUUACAGGUGAGGAAUAGUAUUUUUUUUUUUGUUUUUUUUUCUUUUCGCACUACUGACAAUUUUUUGAAUUUGAAUCAUUGUUGAACGAUUUAUAUUUCGUCUACAACACAAUUGCGAUCCGUCUAAAAUAAAAAUAAUAAUUGGCCAAAAAAAAUUGUAAUUUAUCUAAAAUAUUAGUUUUAAUACUGUACGUACUCCGCUAUCAAGCGCUUAGCCCCAUCACGAGCUCAUCUUUAUCCC